GAAAGCAAAGGAAGUUUUAACAGAAAAGCAGACAUGGCCGCUGGACUCCAUUCUUGCAUUUUCAUCUUUCACGCUUUAGUUGUCUUGGAGUGUGUUUGUGGCAGUAGAGCCAGGAAAAUUGCUGAAGAACCCUUAAAUGUUGAUGAUCAUAAAGAGACGCACGAGAUGCUACAAACAACCAGGCACAACCUUAAUGCUCCAAUCUACGCUCCAGACAGCGACAAUCCUGGCCGCAAGCAUGUAGCAAAUGGAGUGCCUGAAAAGCUUGAUCAAAUGAGUCCAUCUGUAUCGUCGGAUAAAGAUCAUAUGUACGAGCUUGCAGUAAAGGUUUUCUUCACCGACAAACAGAUCAAACUUGGGAACAGGAUUCCAAUCUAUUUCCCCGUCGUAGAGCCUUCUGCCAGACCCCCUCUACUGUCUAGAGAAGAAGCUGAUUCCAUUCCAUUUUCAUCGUCCCAACUGCCGUAUCUUCUCCAUCUCUUUUCCUUUUCCCAAGACUCCCGCCAAGCCAAAGCGAUGAUAGAUACACUGAGCCACUGCGAAUUCAAAUCAGCAACAGAGGACGCCAAGUUUUGCGCAACGUCCCUGGAAUCCAUGCUUGACUCUGCACGUGAGAUCCUGGGAUCAAAAGCCCCACUGAAAGUUGUAACUACGAAUCACCUAACAGAGCAAACCUCUAGCAUAUUGCAGAACUAUACAAUCCAGGAUGAACCCCGAGUGAUCUCGCCUGCCAGAAUGGUAGCAUGUCAUGUUCUGCCUUACCCUUACGCAUUUAAGAAGGGUCCAGGCUCGAAGAAGCUGCCGAUUUGGCGUUGA